CGGGCAGCGGCACCGAAAAUUGGCUCUGCAGCAACGAGGCCAAGUGCAGCGUUAGCCUCCCACGCGCGGCUCUUUUUGGCCGCACCGUGCUGCAGCAGUGCAGCUGGGAGUUACAACGCCGACUGUAACAAGGAACCCCUGAGCUCGACGUCCUUGGCCCGCGUCCCCGCAUCGACCAGCGCGUGGGUCACCCAGUCCGCUGUUUCUGCCUCGCAUUAUGCGAGCAGACUAUCCUGCAUUUUGGACCUAAAGGCCGGCUACCGCUGCUGGCGACGAGUAACGCUUCACGGGUGACAGCGCAAGCUUCGCCCGCGACCUCCCGCAACUGCAUCUACACCGUCCGCUGCACCUGCGCGUGCCACCAUCUGCCACACGGACCGUCGACGAUUUCGCAGAUCCCGCCGUCUUGGUACUGCUGAGGGAGAGCGGAGAGAGCUCCAGCGUCUGGCUUCGGGCGUUUGUCCACGCAGCCGGCCCACCCGGCAACGACGCCUAUCAUGCCUGCCUACGCACACGACGACGACCGGCCGAGCACGCCUACGGCUCCGAGUAGGACGCACCGAGGGAACGGCACCAUGCGGACUCUCAACACAAAUCCGCCGAGGCAAGAAACCUUCUUCGACGAUGCGACGCCUGUGGACAAUGCCGGAGGCUCGAGGGCCGAGUCAGAGCCGCAUCAGCUGCGCGACUCCCACGACCUCUCCUUCGCCGAGGGAGCUACUGCACGGGACUCGGUCGUCGACAACAUGCUGCUUUCCUUGGACCAGUUCUCUACGGGGAACAUGUUUGGCGCCUCAUUGAGCAGCAGGCGGGAAGACGAGUCCUUCUAUAUCAGAGACAAUUCCUACAGGCCCCCAGGGAGUCGCAAUCGCGGACACACGUAUACGACGUCAGGGUCCUCCGACUACGACCUGCACGCCGACGACUCGACCCCUCGAUACCCGUCCCACUCGCGCGCACGGAGAAGCAACAGCAGCAACAACGUUGCCUCGCCUUCGGUCAGGAAUGGCAGCGCACGCGACCCCUACCCACGGCGCCAGGUAAACGGCGCAAAUGGGCAGUACCAGCAGACAGCGCACAUGAGAGGUGGCGGCAACAAGGGUAGCAAGAGCAGCGGCGGCUCAUCGAGCUUGGACUAUGGGCAGACAGGCAUCUUAGGCACACACCGAUUGGGGUUUGGAAAGCGUUCUGCGAGCUUUGAUCACAGCACGAGAUCUGUCUUGCCCUCUGCGAACAACGACUCCGUGUUGGAUAGAGGAAGGACUGCCUACAUGAACUACGACCAAGAAUACGAUGCUGCUCCUGAACCCACCAUCUUUGCGGGCCCUAGGCGAAUGCAGCCGGCACCGCAGUCUGUUACUGCCCAGCCUCUUCAGCAAUCAGCCUACACAUCUCCUCUCAUGGCUCCGGCACCUCGUCGCAGGGGCAGCAUCCGCUCCAAUACCAGCUACAAGACCUUGAGAAAAGGCAAGAGCCAGCUGGACCCGACCAUGAGAGCUCAGGCGCAGGAAUUCGUCAAUGCAGCCAGCUCUCUGCGUGAUCUGCCGACCGUACCAGUAUACCAGGAAGCCACGGCGCCGGCUCCAUCCGUGGGGACACGAAAGUCGCUGUUUGGAACCCAAGAUGCUGCUCCUGCACCUAAGGAAAAACCGGGCUUCUUCAGGCGAGUAUUUGGUGGCAGCUCUUCCAAGACCCAACCACAGCCAGCGGCUACCUCCCACCCUCCAAAUACCGCGUCCGCGGAGCUUCCGGCAUCGGCCCAGUCACGGCCCUCCGAACUUGACUCCAUAUACUCUAACAACCGACCGCGAACGACACCUACUAGUACUACGCACAUCGCUAAUCAGCUGAAGUCCUUACCUAAGCCGCCACAGUCUGCUGCAGGCUGUCCAAGCGAGAUGCAGCCACCCGCACCACCUAUCUUGGCCAAGAAGCCCUCAUCCUUCUUCAGGAGACGCAAGAAGUCCAUUUCGGAAACCACGAAACCCCCAGUCAUGCCAUUCGACUUCGCGCCUCCAAGACCGCUCGUUACUGCGCAGCCAAGCCCGAGUGUUAGCAGUCUACGCCAGGUUAUGAACCCUUACCUUGUGGAGUCUCCACUUGCAGGCGAGAGGUUUUACGAGAGCCGAGAGCAUCAACGCACUGGAGGCAAGCAGAAUGGUGAGCCCUCCCAAGGAUUCUCGCCUGGCUACAAACCUCAUAAAGAUGCUACAGUGCGAACCGUAUUACCAGACUCGCGAGAAGCGUCACCUCCUCCUUUGUCACGCAACGAACAAUUGAAGAGCGAUUUGCAGAGCACAGGCGGCCCCAAGCUCAAGCUCAAGGCGAAGCAAGGAAAACCGGCACCAGCUGUUGCAACAUCGCAGGAAGACACAUUCCUUGCCGACAGCAGCAGCUGUAAUGAAGACUUGAGUGAUGGCGCGUCCCCCGUACGCGAACCCAGUGGCGCGGUUCAAACACGGAAGCCCAGUCCUGGCCCCACAUCUUCGUCACUCACACAAACCUUAGCGGAAGGAACGAGCGAAAGCAAGGCACGCGGAGAACCCAAGCCUGGACUACUGAUACCUAAUGCGAGAGUGACGCCUGACAGCGGGUCCGCUUCGCAACGAACAUUAGCAGCAGAGGAAGACGGCUGGGUCGUCACAGCGCCAACGACGGACGUAAAGAACGCGAGAGGACACAGUCCAAGUGCAAAACGUGUUUGGCUCGACACUACUGUUACUGUAGAGUCGCCUGUUGACGUUACCGACCGUCUGCGGCUGCCUUUGGAAGGUGCACGCUCAUACACACAACCACUAGAGCAGGCGUCAGUACCGGUUACACCAGAUGUUGCCUCACCCGCAGACGAUGUUUUCCACUCUGCGACAAGCCUGCCUUUAGUCCACGUCCCGACCCGCGAUUCGGACAAGACCAUACCUUCGAUUGUCGAUGACCGCUCGACGCACACUGAAACCACUGAUGCCGACAUGGAGCGCGCAAGGAAAAUCUUCAAUGGCAACGAGUCGGCUCUGCAGAAGUCACAGUCCGCUACCAUGCUCGGAGAUGUGACUCUCAGCGCCGCGCGCACUCGCAAGGCCUUUAUGAGCCUGUUUGACUGGACCAACUUCACUAUUCUGGCUGCGAUGCGUGACAUGUGUGGCAAGCUCGUACUGAAAGCCGAGACUCAGCAAGUCGAUCGUAUCUUGAUGAGUCUAUCAGAGCGAUGGUGCGAGUGCAACCCCACCCAUGGCUUCAAAGAAGUUGAUGUCGUCCACACAAUCUGCUACUCGAUAUUGCUGCUCAACACGGAUCUGCACGUGGCUGAUAUCGAGACCAGGAUGACCCGCAGUCAAUUCGUGAGGAACACUCUUCCAACUGUAACUCGUGUCUGUCAAGACGCCAUUAAGGCUGACGAGACAUUGCGACCCAAGUCUACUCACUUCCGCCGCGGAUCCCUCCCAUGGAAUGACAAGUCGGAGCCUACAACGCCCAACGCUGAGCAAACAAUGUUCGCCACAGAUGCGGCUGAAGAGGCUACAGAAGGCAGACGAGCCCGAAGCAGGUUGUCAGUCAGACCACCAAUCAGAAGCGGCUCAGAAGGCAUUCUGUCUUUUGACUCUGCAUCCUCUGAGUCGAACAACCUCGUCAACACGCCGUAUAAUGGCCCAAUGAAGGGAUGGGAAUUUCAAAUCGAGACUGUACUCAAGGAGUUCUACGAUUCGAUUCGCAAACAGCGUCUACCACUUCACGGAGUAUCAGACCUGCACCACCAGCCUUCGAACAACAACCUCUCAGUCGCUGGCAUGCUGCGUCGCACGCCCAGUGUUUUGAGCAAAGCACCCUCAGACACGACCAGCUAUCGUGGGCGGCCUCAAGCCGACUUCCGCAGUGUGGGAGCUCGCUGGGCUUCGAAGAAUCGGUCCAAGCAGAGGCUGUAUCCUGCAUCGACGGUGGCAUCUAGCCGUACUAGCCUGGACGACACAUCCGUCUGGAGCCCUGCAGGUUCAAGCACCUGGAGCCGCUACUCGUAUGGCAAGACAGGCACCUCGAUGUCCGUCGACUCACUUGGAUCGCACUUUGCUGCUGGCGACUACCAGCAGGCUAUUGGUUUCGCAAACGCUCUGAGCCAAGCAAUUAUCCGCGAAGAGGGCAUGACGAUUGCCAGCGACGAAGACUUUGCUCGCGCAGCCCCGCUUCUAGAAGACGAGUCGCUGGAACUUGUCGGUGCACCUUGGGCCAAGGAGGGCAUCUUGAAACACAAGCACCAUCUGGAGACAGUCGACAAAAAGGCGAAAGACCGGAACUGGACCGAGAACUUUGCUGUCAUCGAGAAGGGUUACAUGCGUCUUUUCUCUUUUAGCAUGAACUCCAAGUCCGCGCGCAUGAAGAGCAAGGCGAACAAGCCGGCUGCUGGUGGGAUUGUCGGUGGCGGUAACUGGAUGGACAAUGCAGAAGCUCUUGAGGUUUUCCCAUUGCGCCAGACCAUCGCAAGCGCACUACCUCCACCAGGCUAUUCUAAGACAAGGCCGCAUGUGUGGGCAUUGUCGCUCCCAACAGGUGCUGUCCACCUCUUCCAAGUCGGCACACCUGACAUCGUCCGUGAGUUCGUAACGACUGCCAACUACUGGUCUGCCAGGCUAUCGAAAGAGCCGCUUACUGGCGGCGUCAGCAGUAUGGAGUAUGGUUGGGGUGAGAACGUCAUCAACCCUGGACUUAUCCGACAGGACAGCACUCCCUCCAUCCAAGGCCACAUGCCUCGUCCUAGCGUGGCGAGUUCGCUUCGUAGCUCGAUGGACCACGCGACAGGUACACCACGGGCUAGACUCCCUGGUGACAAGGUCGUGCUUUCUGACUGGAGCCCACCCACCGCAAGCAUGAUGGCUAGCAAUCUCAUGGAAGUUGAUCAGCUGAGAGCUCUCACAGACUAUGUCAAGAACAUCGAGGGCGAGCUGGCGCACCACAAUGAAUUGAGGGCACCUCUGCUCAUCACUUUCUCGCCACGUCACCCCAAUUCUAGCAAAGCGAUGGCCAAUUGGGAGGGCAAGUCGCAAUAUCUUCUGAGGGAGAUAGUCAAGUUUCGCACCUACAUCGACACGUUGACUCUUGCCCAAAAUCAGAAAGAGAAGAUCUAUGCCGAGCGCGAAGCCAACGGGGAGUCGCGCCCGGCUACGAAGGAUGGUGCAGCCGGGUGCUCAUCAUCAGACGAAGUUGAUGGUGCGAAAGAAGCCCCCAAAGCUUCCGAGCCCACCAGCACCUGAUUUUUCCUACAUCUACCUGCUUUUCUCGUUUUACAUCUACUGACGAUUUCUUCAUGUACCGUUCAGGCCUUACACCUCUUCGACGAACGAUGCGGCGUUUACGAUUGCUUCAUUCAUCCAAGGUUACAUUGAGGGAGCGUCCUCACUCGAUAGCUUGAUGCUCUAUACCUUUGUAAUAUUCCUUUCUCUCUUCCUUUCUGCAUUGGCAGGAUGACGACACUACUAUAGCUUUGUCGUCGAAAGUUAAGUCACGAAGCAUCAUGUAUUUGUAUUGUGCACCCGGAGCGGUUGGGACUACAGUCCUGUAUUUGGUGGAAGCAUUUGGUAGACUCUGCGACAGCAUAGAGUCAGACAUCAUAUACCCCAGCUUUAUUGAAUCCACCGCUUUACCCCAGAGUAUUCUG